AUAAUAAUUAACUGGAAAAUUAUUUGAAAAAUUAUUUAUCAAUCAUCAUCGCCAUCAAUAAUCGACAAUCAAACAUCAAUGGUUUAUAAACGUGUAUUUUGUAGAACUUCAAACUAUUCUAGGAUUCGCCUAGAAAGUGUUAAUAGUAAUUAUGAUCGUCUGAAAUUUCCAUCAAAUAAUCAUUAUUGUGCCUUAUGCAAUUGCUCAACCAGUGUCAAGUGCAAUUCUUUUGAUAAUCAAUCUUCAAAAUCUGUUCCUUAUCAUUGUUUUCAAUACCUGGUCAUCAUUAUUUCUUUGAUUAUCGUUUCAAUCUUUGAUUCAUCAUCACUGAUUGUGGAUAGUUUACCCACGGGUAUCGCUAUCAAUUCAUCAUCAUUUUCAUCACCGGAUAUUUCCGAUGUUGCUAUUGCAUCUGCAAACCUUCGUGCUUGGCAUGCACGUCUUAAUACUGCAGCUACAACUAAUGAAGAAACUACUAAUAAACAUCGUUACAAUCGGAAUACAAUUUCAAUCAAUCCUAUUGAUAAUGAUACCAUUCCAUCGACAAUCAGUGGAUUUCGUUUAAUUGGUGAUCCUAAAGCUAUUGUUUCUAAUGAUGAACGUUAUACAAUCAAAGCUGAUCACGAUGUCGAAGCUCGAAUAUUUGGCAAAAAUUUUGGUAAAGAUUUUCUGAUCGGGUUUUCUUUGAUAGCACCGAAUUCCAAAUCUAUGAUAUGUUCGGUUGAUGAAAAAUUCGAGGCUAUUAAGAUCGAUGAUCAAACAGCUUAUUCGAAGAUUAAACUUCCAGCUAGUUCAAAACCAUAUCAUCUUUGUUAUUCGGAAAAUAUAUCAAGAGAUGAUUAUUUCUACUACGCCGGUAGUGAUCUUUCCUAUCAGAUCGAAUCUGCAGCACCUUUAUUACCCCUUUGGCUCCAUAUAAGUACCUUGUUAUUGUUAUUGGUCAUGUCUGGUCUAUUCUCUGGCCUCAAUCUGGGACUAAUGGCAUUGGAUAAGAAUGAGUUGCAAGUAAUCGAACGUUGUGGUACCGAAGAUGAAAAAUACUAUGCCAAAACGAUUUCACCUGUAAGAAAACGUGGAAAUUAUCUACUUUGCACUUUAUUACUCGGUAAUGUUCUUGUCAAUUCAACAUUGACCAUUUUAUUAGACGAUCUUACAUCGGGGAUAUUCGCUGUGAUUGUUUCAACAUUAUCGAUUGUAAUAUUUGGUGAAAUAAUUCCUCAAGCACUUUGUUCGCGUCAUGGGUUAGCUGUUGGUGCCAAAACAGUUUAUGUGACUUAUUUAUUCAUGUUUAUCACAUUUCCAUUAUCAUAUCCAAUAUCAAAAUUAUUGGAUAAAAUUCUUGGUGAAGAAAUCGGUAGCGUUUAUGAUCGCGAACGUUUAAUGGAAUACAUUCGUGUUACAAAAGAUUAUAAUAAUCUUGAAGUAGAUGAAAUGAACAUAAUUUCUGGUGCAUUAAAAUUCAAGAAAAUUUCCGUAGCCGACAUUAUGACUCCGAUCAGUGAUGUAUUCAUGUUACCAUAUGAUACAAUACUCAAUUUUGAUACGUUAACUUUGAUCAAUAAUUCCGGUUAUUCGCGCAUUCCCAUCUAUGAAGGUAAUCGUGAUAAUAUUGUCGGUUUAUUACACGUGAAAGACCUUUCAUUAAUUGAUCCGGAUCAUAAUUUGCAAUUAAAAGUAGUGCUUGACUUUUAUUCACAUCCAUUGUUAAAAGUGUUUGAAGAUGAUAAACUAGACAAAAUGUUGAAUGAAUUCAAGCAAGGCCAAUCUCAUAUGGCAUUGAUUCAACGUGUUAUCGAUAAUGGCGUCAAGGACCCAUACUACGAAUCUAUUGGUAUCGUCACCCUUGAAGAUGUUAUCGAAGAAUUGAUUCAAGCAGAAAUCAAUGAUGAAACCGAUGUGAUAUCUGAUAAUCGACGAAAGCAGAAACGACAGAACGUUCAAAGUCGAUCGAAUUAUCUGGAAUUUAUUCGUGAAGCUGGAAUUAAGCAAAAAAAUGAUGAUGAUUGCUGUAUAAUGGAGUAUUCAAACAAUGUUGCUAUUUCACCUCAGCUAGCAUUAGCUGCCUUCCGUUUCUUAGCUUCUUCUGUUGGUCCGUUUUCGUCAAAGAAAAUCUCUGAAGAAGUUUUUAAACGUUUGAUGAAUAAGAAUAUUUAUUUCGAAGCCAAAGGCGAACUACGUAAAGCUAAUAUUGAUAAUAUGUUACCAGAUAAUGUUUUAUAUAAACGUGGACAACCAGCUGAUUAUUUUAUCAUGAUAUUGGAAGGACGUGCUCGUGUAAUUGUAACCAAAGAAAAUCAAGAAUACGAUGCCGGACCAUUUUGUUGUUUUGGUAUCGGUGCUUUAACUUCUUCUAUACCAAGUACAGAGGACGGAACUGUUGUACCGAAUCGUUUAAUCAACGAAGAAAGUGCCGAUAGUCUUAGUCAGAAAAGCAGCCAGCAAAACAUUAGUCUCCAACAAUCGGACAUAUUUAUUCCCGAUUAUACGGUAAUCUGUUUAGAAAAAGUAAUCUACUUGAAAGUGACAAAAGAUUUCUAUAAAAUGGCAUUAAAAACAACCGAUGUUGUGACAAAACGUUCGAGCGACCUACAAAAAUCUCAAUCACAAAUCGAGCAAAUUGAAGAUUCAUCGGAAAAUACAACGGCAGCUGCAGUUCCAUUGAUACCCAUAAGUAACACUAAAAAUGAUAGUCUUUCACGACACCUGAAAAAUCUUCCACCAAAAUAUCGAAAGAUUAGUAUGGGUACAAAUUUAGCCGAUUCAAGUUUGAUGCCCAAAUUCAAAGAUAAAACCAGUGUGAGCAAUCAAUUUGAACAGGAUGAUGAGCAAUUGAUGAAUGACACGCACAACAAUCCACGUCAUCGAUCACAAUCAAAAAAUAGUCUGAUUGUGGAUCAAAUACGACCAGCUCGAAUUGUUACUUCCGAUAGCCUUAAUAAUCGCCGUUCAUCACCAACUGUACGGCGAUCUGAUGCGAUCGAAUUGCUUGCUGAUAAUCAUUCACCUCGUUCAUACGGUUCAAUCGAAAGUCUGACUGGCGAUUCUCAGCACCAACAACAACUUCAUCAGCAACAAUCAAUGGAAAAUCCGCCAGCGCUCUCACCACCAUCAUCUCUUGCACCUGAAUUGAAAGAAAAAUUGAGCCUAUUACGUAAUGGAAGUUUAUCGGCCCUAGAUGAAUCAGGUGAUCACAAUCAAACAACUAUUUCUCAACAAACAAAGUCUAUUGAUGAACGCACAACAUUUUUAUGAUAACACAUUUAUAAAUGAAUAACCGAAUCGCUCAAUUAAUCUUUUCCGGUUUAUGUUUCUUCCUAAAUUUCGAUCAAAUAUUGAUUCUUUACCGUUUUCAUUCAUUUAUCAUUUUUUUCACUUUUAAUUAUGGUUUCAUAAAAGGGUUUUUCUCAUUAAUUUGCUUGAAAACAAAAAUUUUUUUCGAACCGGUCAUUUUAUCGCUAACACUUUUGUUAUUGUUUUCGUUGUA